GACUUUUGUGGAUAAUUAAUUUUACUUUAUUUAUUUAUUUAUAUUUUGGAGGUAAAGAGAUUCUCAGGAUACUUGGUUAUUCAGAACGGGUCCAUUCUUGGUCUGGAUCUGGCUCAUCUUCAAAUCUGAUUUAGAUCUGGUUCAGAUCAUCAUGCAGUCUGUGUUGAUCCUUGUUUGGAGUUUACACCUGGUCUGGACUUUUCCGAGCUCCACCCUGGAACCGUCCUCGGACCCUAUCUUAGACCCAUCCCCGGACUCCAUGGACCCAGGAGCAGAGCAGAACUUGGCCCCUGGCUGCCCCCCCUGCGACCCCCACCUCUGCCCUCCUGCUGUGGGCUGCCGGGCAGGGGUGGUGCAGGGGGUCUGUGGGUGUUGUGAGGAGUGUGGGAACAUUCUGGGACAGAGCUGUGACCCAGGACCCGAGCCGAGACUGCACGGACUUUGCGGCACCGGCAUGAGGUGUGCUGUGGAUCCUCGCCCUGGAGCGCGCUCAGCAGACGACCAGGAUGAGCUGCUGUGUGUGUGUGACCAGCAGGAGGCGCUGUGUGGCAGUGAUGGCAACACCUACAGGAACAGGUGUGAGUUCAGGGAGGCAGCCUUCUUCAAUCUUCUGCUCAGAGUCAAAGGGAAAGGACCCUGCAAAACGGUCCCCAUUAUAAAAGUGCCUCCGCAGACUCAGGUGAACAGUUCAGGCUCUCUGCUGCUGUUUUUGUGUGAGGUUUAUGCAUUUCCUGCGGCGACCGUCGAGUGGAGGAAGGAGGGCCAGGAGGGGUCGCUACCUGGAGACGACCCCCACCUCUCUGUACAGUCUAGGGGUGGGCCUCUGAAGUUUGAGCUCUCCAGUUGGCUACAGAUUGAGCGGGCAGGACUUCAGGACGCGGGGACCUAUCAGUGUGUCGCUCGAAAUAAACUGGGGACAGUGUCGGCAUCAGCCCAGCUACGAAUAAUGACACAAGAGGAUUUAUCGUCGUAUUUGGCCAACAGUAUCUCAGAGAUGAACCAGCUUUUGGACCAGGACUACGACCAGGACCUGUACUAAACAAGAGACCUCCUUCCUGCUGCUGUUUUUGCUCAACCAUGCCAUAAUGUUGUUUUUUCAUCAAAAACAUCCCUGAAGUUUCAUUCAUAUGUUAAGGGGUGGGUAGAGAAGUCAAAACUGUAUUUAAGUAAGAGUACCGUUACUACAAUAAUAUUAAUCAUGUAAAUGUACAAAGUGGU